AAUAUUUUAGAGGGAAGAGCUUGCUUCCAGUUCCAUAUAUCCAGAUCUACCUCAGUGGCCCACUUGGUACAGGGCCCAGAUUCACAACGUGCCUGAGAGAUGGACGGUCCUCCGGCGAACGAUUUCUAUUCGGUGUGCCAUAGCAGCUUCAACAUCCCAUGUCAAGCCAACUGCUCCCACUGGUUCUGCGGCAAUUGCAUUAUGCUUGUUUGGCAUCAUGGAUCAGCACUCCAGCCGUGUAGAUGUCCUCUGUGUCGCCGUCAAAUUACCUUGUUGAUUCCUGGAGAAGCUUCAUUAAGGCAGCGACAUGACCCUGAGGCUGCUGAGAUUCUAGAAAAGGUUGAAACAUACAAUCGGCUUUUUGGUGGGGGUACCAAUGGUCUUGUUCAGAGAAUGCGGGAUCUUCCGUUUCUCCUCCGAAGGUUAUUACAAGAACUGCUUGAUCCUCGGAGAUCCCUUCCUCUUGUUAUCAGAGCCCGUGUCUACAUAGCAGUUAAGUGAACAAUACAGAUAUGCAGACAAAUGUUUCUAAGUGCUGUCUAUAUAGUCAGCCCCGUUGACAUCAUUCCAGAAGGAAUAUUGGGAAUAGUUGGCCUCUUGGAUGAUCUUCUUAUAGUGCUCAUCUGCUUCCUCCAUGUUGCUGCCAUUUACCGAUCUGUACUUUAUUUCCGUCAUGGAGGUUCAUAAGCUCUCCCGCUGACAUAUUUGAAACCCAAGAGAGGAGAGAGCAGAACUUGGAUACACAUGAUUUGUAUAUAAGCUAAAAGCUUUGCCUCUUCGUCCCUAGUUUCUCUGCUCGUUUUUCUUCCCCCUCCCCCCUCCCUCACCCUUCUCCAACCAAACCGGUACUUUCGUAAGGAGACGUUGAUAUAUGGGUGUUGUGGGGAAUUUAAUUAUUUUGUUGUUAAUAAUGUCAUAUUCAUAAUGGCAGCAAAUGAAGAAGACAUUAUUGCUUCAACACCACAGCAAUCUAAUAACAACAUUUAAACGGUGGUAGAGUAGAGUUACAUGAACACUUGGGUUUUGAUUCUCCACGUUUUCGUUCUGGCUACUGAUUCUCGCUUUACCCAAAAACUUAAUUCCACGGUUUCCGUUGGCAACCGCAAGGCUAGGCAGCCUUGUUUUCGUCCAUUUUAACGACUAACUGCAGUCUGCUGCUAUUUUGGGUUGGGCCGAAUUGUCUUUGGUGGGCUACACCUAGGAUGUCAUGUGCAUUUUGUUCACAUCCACAUUAUUAUUACACGAAAAGGAAUCGAGGAGCCUCUCUGCUCCCUCCCUCCCUCCCUCUCUCUCUAGUCUGAACUUCACUCAUGGAAACCCAACCCGGCGAUUGCGACGCUGUGCCUCUCCCGAUGGAAAUGGACGAAGCGACGCAACCAAAAGAUCCUCCCAAAAUUUCCCGCCUCGAUGACUCCGUGGUCAACCGAAUCGCGGCAGGAGAGGUGAUCCAACGGCCGGUAUCCGCCGUUAAAGAGCUGGUGGAGAACAGCCUCGACGCCCACUCCACCUCCAUAAGCGUAGUUGUCAAGGACGGCGGCCUCAAACUCAUCCAAGUCUCCGACGACGGUCACGGAAUCCGAUACGACGACUUGCCGAUAUUAUGCGAGAGGCACACAACGUCAAAGCUUUCUACGUUUGAAGAUUUACAAACGAUAAAGUCAAUGGGGUUCCGAGGAGAAGCUCUGGCAAGCAUGACUUAUGUCGGUCAUGUUACUGUCACUACCAUUACCAAAGGGCAGCUGCAUGGUUACAGAGUAUCUUAUAGAGAUGGUGUCAUGGAGCAUGAGCCGAAGGCAUGCGCUGCUGUAAAAGGAACUCAGAUAAUGGUUGAGAAUCUAUUCUAUAACAUGAUUGCCCGGAGGAAGACUCUACAAAAUUCUGCUGAUGAUUAUUCGAAGAUUGUAGACUUGCUAAGCCGGUUUGCCAUUCAUCACAUACAUGUUGGAUUCUCAUGCCGAAAGCAUGGAGCUGGCAGAGCAGAUGUUCAUACAGUUGCUGCAUCAUCUAGGCUUGAUGCUAUUCGAUCAGUUUAUGGGGUGUCAGUUGCUCGAUCGCUUAUCAAAAUUGAAACUUCUGACCAUAAUCCAUCUAGUUCAGUUUUCAAGAUGGAUGGGUUCAUCUCGAAUUCAAAUUAUGUUGCGAAAAAGAUAAUUAUGGUACUUUAUAUCAAUGAUAGAUUGGUGGAAUGCACUGCAUUGAAGAGAGCUGUUGAAAUUGUUUAUGCUGCAACCUUGCCCAAAGCAUCUAAACCCUUCAUAUACAUGUCAAUCGUAUUGCCACCUGAACAUGUUGAUGUGAAUGUGCACCCAACAAAGAGAGAGGUAAGUCUUUUAAAUCAAGAAGUUAUUAUUGAGAAGAUACAGUCAGUGGUUGAAUCAAAAUUGAGGAACUCGAAUGAGUCACGGACAUUUCGGGAGCAGAUAGUUGAACAAUCUCCAUCAGAUAAUAUUGCUAUGGACAAGGACCCUAAUUUCAGCCCCUCGCCAUCUGGAUCAAAAUCACAAAAAGUUCCAGUGCAUAAAAUGGUCAGAACAGAUUCAUUAGAUCCUGCUGGAAGGUUGCAUGCUUACUUGCAAGUUAAGCCUUGUGGACCACUUGAAAAUAAUCCGAGUUUGACUACUGUGAGAUCUUCUGUUAGACAAAGAAGAAACCCAAAGGAGGGGGCAGAUCUGACUAGCAUUCAGGAGCUCAUUGAUGAAAUUGAUUGUAAUUGUCAUUCUGGUCUGCUGGAAGUUGUAACACACUGUACAUAUGUUGGAAUGGCAGACGACAUCUUUGCAGUGCUUCAGCACGACACUCAUCUCUAUCUUGCAAAUGUGGUGAACUUGAGCAAAGAGCUCAUGUAUCAGCAAGUUCUGCGCCGGUUUGCCCAUUUUAAUGCUAUGCAAUUAAGUGACCCGGCUCCAAUUUUUGAGUUGAUUAUGAUGGCGUUGAAAGAAGACAAUUCAGAUCCGGGAUGCCAUGAGAAUGAUGACCUAAUAGACAAAAUAGCAGAAAUGAAUACCGAAUUGCUCAAGCAAAAGGCUGGACUGUUAGAGGAUUAUUUCUGCAUUCAUAUUGAUAUACAUGGAAAUUUGUCUAGACUUCCAGUCAUACUUGAGCAGUACACACCUGACAUGGAUCGUGUCCCUGAAUUUGUACUUUGUUUGGGCAAUGAUGUUGACUGGGAGGAUGAGAAAAAUUGCUUCCAAUCAAUUUCAGCUGCUCUUGGAAACUUUUAUGCAAUGCAUCCUCCCAUGUUACCCAACCCAUCAGGUGAUGGUUUGCAGUUCUACAAAAAGAGAAAACCUCUCAGGAAUUCUGAAGAUGAAGAAGAUAUUCCGGAGAAUAUAGGGGAUGAUACUACAGAAGAGAAUGAAAUUGAGCAGGAACUACUUUCGGAGGCAGAGACUGUGUGGGCCCAGCGUGAAUGGUCAAUCCAACAUGUCUUGUUUCCAUCCAUGAGACUCUUUUUCAAGCCACCUACUUCUAUGGCUACUAAUGGAACCUUUGUCCGGGAAGCUUCACACUCUGACAACGCUAUCAGUUGACCAGCAUUAAGAAAGAAGUCCCAUAAUUAGGUCGCUUCACUGGAGAAGCUUUACAAGAUCUUUGAAAGAUGUUAACAUAGUUGUUCUGUUCAGAUCUAGUGACAGGAGAAUGGGGCUAUUGUCUGAUGCAACUGUGUUCAUUGAUAGUGUAAUUCAGUUUAUUAACAUUUUAGCUUUGCUUUGUAAAGGGAUCUGGGUUCAGUGUCAAUGGAUUAUGGGUUUUGUGGGUUUCGGUUGCCAUAGUCCACUAUUGGGAACCUCAAUAAUCCCGUGUUAGUUCAUACCCCAUACAAAAUUAAACACCUCAAUGGUACAUCUGGAUUUGGGGCUAA